CUUGCUAUCCUAUCUUAACGGCAGCCAUUCGGAGCGUGUUUCCUGAAUGACCUCGCGCGAAGCCUGUGGACCCCUCACAUCCCGCGGAGUCUGCGCCACUGACUUCCGGUACCCGGGGGCUCCGUGACGUCAAACGCGGAGAAUUCCGCUCGGGAGGUCUGGCUCAGUUAUUAGGUCCUCCAGUUCUCGCCGGGGUCCCGCGGGUCUUCCCAAAGGACCAAGCAGGUGGCCGCUGCCGGCCUGGGGACCGGGUGUGAAGGCCCGUGUUUGAGGGCUUGGAGCAGACCUUUUGUGCGCCCUCCUAUCCAGCAUUAAUUUGUUGAACAUCUACUCUGCAAGAUGCUGUAACUAGCCUGGGAUGAGUUGAUGUGGUCUCUACUUUCAUUUGCUUUAGAACAGAGACUUGCAGAGAAGUAGGUACCCUACAGGAUAAGGUGUUGAAACACACAGGGCCAAUACUGAGGUGAAGUGAGUUGGGCACUGAAUGCAAGAGGAAGCCCAAAAACUCUGCAAUCAAGGAUGAUGACUGUCUCAAUAUUAAAGCCUGCAGAAGUUCUGUACGUUGGCAGCCUCUAUCCCUGUCCAAAGAGCAGAUUCCACGAAACUAUUGAAUUUGUGCCUUGUAACACUUGGGGAAAGCGAGAGAGAAUAAAAAAGAACUCAACUAGGUGGUGUUGGCUCAGAAUCUAGGCAAUUCUUCAGACUAUCAUGGGUAUCCGAGGUCUAAUGAGUUUUGUAGAAGAUCAUAGUAAUGAGUUUUUCACUGAUGUUAAGUUGCGAGACACAAAAAUUAUCGUUGACGGCUAUGCCCUCUUCCACCGGCUUUACUUCAAUUCAAACUUGGAGCUGCGAUAUGGAGGGGACUAUGAUUCUUUUACAGAUGUUGUACAAAAAUUCUUUGAAUCACUGUUUGCUUGUAAAAUCUGCCCAUAUGUUGUCUUAGAUGGAGGAUGUGACAUUUCAGAUAAGAAGCUUAACACUUUAAAGGAUCGAGCUAGGGAGAAGAUCCAGAUGGCCCAUUCCCUGUCUGUUGGCGGGGGUGGGUAUGUGUGCCCCUUACUCAUCCGAGAGGUGUUCAUACAGGUUCUGAUCAAGCUGCAGGUAUGUUUCGUCCAGUGCUUUUCGGAAGCAGAUCGGGACAUUAUGACCCUUGCUAAUCACUGGAAUUGCCCCGUGUUAUCGUCCGAUAGUGACUUUUGCAUUUUUGACCUGAAAAGUGGGUUUUGCCCAUUGAAUGGCUUUCAGUGGAGAAGUGUGAACACCAUCAAGGGCACACGAGACUGCUACAUCCCUGCCAAGUGCUUUUUCCUCGAUGCGCUGUGCUGUCACUUUGGCAAUAUGAACAAAACGCUGCUGCCUCUUUUCGCGGUGCUGUGUGGAAAUGACCAUGUUAAUCUGCCUGUCAUGGAGACGUUCUUGAGUAAAGUACGACUCCCUCUUGGGGCUGCCACUUCCAAGGGUAGGAGACAUCACCGGGUGCUGGGACUUCUAAAUUGGUUGUCUCGUUUCGCUGACCCUACCGAAGCAUUAGACAGCGUUCUGAACCAUCUCCCCAAAAAGAGACGAGGAACCGUGAAGGAACUUCUGUGCAGAUCCAUGGAGGAGUACCUGCAGGCCCAGGGAAGGAUUCAGGACUUCUUCCAGCAUGGUGCUUACACCUGCCCAGACACCUGGAAUCCCGGUUUACCACCGUGGGUGCUUGAGGCCUUAGCCAGGGGCCAACUGUCCCCUUUCAUCAGUGAUGCUCUGGUGCUGAGACGGACCAUUCUCCACACACAGGUGGAAAACAUGCAGCAACCAAAUGCCCACAGAAUAUCUCUGCCCAUCCGGCAAGUCAUCUAUGGGCUCCUUGUGAAUGCUCCUCCACAUGUACGUAAUGUGGCCUGGAAUGCACUGCCUCCUCAGCCUCCAACUUUCAGCGAAGUGGAAAGGAUUAAUAAAAAUAUCAAAACAUCAAUUGUUCAUGCAGUAGAACUACCCAAGGAUCAUUCUGACUUAAGCAAAUUGACUGAGCUCUCCUUGGCUAGCCGGCAGAUGCUUCUGUUAGAAACACUGAAGGUGAAACAGAGCCUCCUGGACCCAGUCCCUGCCGCGCUGAAGUUGCCUGUCGCUGUCAGCUGCUACUGGGUACAGCACACGGAGGCCACACUGAAGCUGCAUCACCUACAGGCCCUACUGCUGGGGAUGCUUCUGGGGCCCUUGCGUGCCAUGGUCAGCAGCCCUGAGGAGAAAGCUGGGCGGGGCGGUGGUGCUGAGACUCUGUAUGAAGAGCUUCAGCGAGUGAAGGCGCCACCAGGCACACGGCUGGACUUGGACACAGCUCACGUCUUCUGUCAGUGGCAGUGUUGCCUGCAGAUGGGGCUGUAUCUCAACCAACUGCUAUCCACGCCUCUUCCGGAGCCAGACCUAACUCGGAGGAAACAACUGACAAGAAGGAAGUCCAUCCAAGGGGGUGAGAAGGACAAGUAGACAGAGGAGCAGACAGGAGCCUUGGUGGAGACCCAGGAGUCACGACAGCAAAUCUGGUAUCAGCUGCAUCCAUAUCAGACAGAACACUUUGUUGAGAAACUGGAGGAUAGAGAAGAUUGAUGCCUCCUCCUUUCUGGUCCACUGAACACACUGCAGAGGCCUUAUUCUGCUCUUUGUGAACAGCUACAUCAGAGACAACCUUCUAUGAAAGACCAACACGAAUGCAGUGGAAACAAUAUGGAAGUGAAUGUGAGUACUUGUGUGCCAAUAAAAUUUCUGGGCCAUGGUCUCUCAUCCCCUAGUUUAAAUUAACAGCCCUAUGUGGGUGAGUUAGGAAGACAUUAAACAGUAUCUCUUAAUUUUUAGCACCUCUAAUUCAUGGGCUAGCUACCUAGAUCUACUCCAUGAGAAACAUGCUUAUAAAUUCCAAUGCAGUCAUAUUAUGCAACUAUAUGGAUGAGUAUGAUAAAGGACCAUGAAGACACACUCAUUUAUAAUAACUCCCUAAAAUCCAUCAAUCCGGGGCAGCAGCCGAGAGGAGCAACCCCACAUCCAAGGUCAGGAGAGGUGGCAGUGAGGAGAUAUCCCUCGUCCAAGGUAAGGAGCAGCGGAUGCACUUUG